AACGACAGAGGAGGAAAUGGGACGGGAAUCUGGACGCUUUGUGAUUGGCUACUAUCGGUUGACGUCACCUCCGCUGUGACGUGAUGCACCCAUUCAUAAAAAAAAAAAAGGAAAAAAGAGAAACAAUCCUGAAGAGAAACACUCAGAGAGAAAGAGAGUGAAAGAAAGAGGUGACCGGACUGUGCGUAAAGAGUAGUGCGGUUACAAUGCACGAGAUCAUGUGCGCAUAGAGGAGAGGCGCAAAGGGAAUCCACCGCAGGAUCCAAGCACCUUCUCCAGGUUUGGAGGGCGGUGGGGGGGACACAGAAAGAGAGACAGAGAGAGAGAGAGCGAGAGAGAGAGGAGAUCGGCGACAGUCAAUCUUAGACACAGCAGCCUGAAACGACUUGCGAUGGAGGAACUGUGCGAGAUGGACUGCACGGUGCUGAAGCGGCUCCUAAAGGACGACAGCGCCAAGUGCCUGCUGCUGGACUGCCGCUCCUUCCUCGCCUUCAGCGCGGGGCACAUCCGCGGCGCUGUCAACGCCCGCUGCAACACCAUCGUGCGCCGCAGAGCUAAGGGCUCCGUGCUGAGCCUGGACCAGGUACUGGCCGGGGACGAGGAGGUCCGGGGCCGCUUCCGCUCCGGGAUGUACUCCGCCGUGGUGCUGUAUGACGAGAGGACCCCGGACUCGGACACGGUGAAGGAGGACAGCACGGUAACCCUGGUGCUCAACGCGCUGACCAGGGACUCCUCCGGCACAAACAUAUACCUGCUGAAAGGUGGAUAUGACAGGUUUUUCUCAGAAUACCCAGAGUUUUGUUUAAAGACCAAAUCCUUACCAACCCUCACCAGCCAGUCCAGCAUCGACUCUGCCUGCUCGUCUUGUGGGACACCACACCACGAUCAGGGCGGUCCAGUCGAGAUCCUCCCGUUCCUCUACCUUGGCAGCGCCCUCCACGCCUCAAAGAAGGAGGUUUUGGACGGCAUAGGAAUCUCCGCCUUGCUGAACGUGUCGGCCGACUGUCCUAACCACUUCGAGGGGGCGUACCAGUACAAAUGUAUCCCUGUGGAGGACAACCAUAAAGAGGACAUCAGCUGCUGGUUCCUGGAGGCUAUUGAGUUCAUAGAUUCAGUACGGGACUCGAAUGGGCGAGUGCUGGUCCACUGUCAAGCAGGCAUCUCCCGCUCCGCCACCAUCUGCCUGGCCUACCUGAUGAAGAGAAAGCGUGUACGUCUGGAUGAAGCCUUUGAGUUUGUGCGCCGGCGCCGCAGCAUCAUCUCUCCCAACUUCAGCUUCAUGGGCCAGUUGCUGCAGUUCGAAUCACAGCUCCUCGCCACCUCUUGUGCCGCUGAGGCAGCUGCCACGGCAAGCCCGCUACUGGGACCCAAGUCUUCAGUAGCGACCGCCUCGACGACGGCCACACCCACCUCUCCGUUCAUUUUCAACUUCCCUGUCUCUGUGGUCAACUCCGCCUACCUGCACCACAGCCCAAUCACAACCUCACCCGGCUGCUGAUGGACAGCCAAUCACUCACAGCCUUCCCCUGACAAACUAUUUGAGCACAGACUGGGCUGGUAUUGGCUGGAAGAGCUGUCAGUCUUACUGACCGCCGCAGUAUGUAUAUGCUUCCAGGGUGGAGAGUUGAGAAGCGUCAUGGUGCCUGAUUAAAAACUCAAAGACUGAAAAAAGAAAAAACUUUUUAAAGUUCAGAAACCAGCCAACGCUCCAUCCAUUUUAACAUGAGAUUUAUUCAAACUGACCAAAAAUUAACUGGCUUUCAGAACUUGUUUCAGUAAACACGUUUGGAGGGAGUGUUGGACUGAUGUUUACUGAAGAUACACCCUCUUCCUUGACAAAAAAAAAAAAAAAAAAAAAAAAACACGCACAGAGGUACACUGACACACAAACACAGACACAGAGAGGCAUGAGCAGCAGCAAACACUCUUUUUCUCUUUCUCUCUGCCUCACACACACACACACACACACACACACACACACACACACACACACACACACACAUUCAUGACUACCAACUGAAUAAGCUCAGUAUGAAGACAGGGUUCGUUGCUAUGGAGACGACAGGUCUUUAGGAGAGGAGAUGGACACAGGAAGGAAGGAGGAAUUUUAAGCACUCGCUCUUUCCCCUUUGGGUGUCCCUCCUGUUGCCAGACAAAAGAGAUGGAUGGAAAAAAGAGGGGAGGAGACGGUGAUAGAAAGCAGGAGCCUCUUCAGUGACAGGUGCUCUGCCGGCAAUCCGACCGGAGCUUCCUGUCUUUCAUACGUCCUCUUCCUCUCUCUGCCCCCCCAACACCUUCCUCCCCUCUCAUCUCCUUUUCAUCCUUUUAUAUUCCUCCCUCCUUUCCUCCUCCUCCUCGUCUUCUCAUCUCUACCUCUCAUCUUCACCCUGUCCGCCCACUCUCCUCUGCUCCUCAUCUCUUCACUGAAGAGGCUAAAUAAAUAAAAUAAGAUGCCAAAUAAAGGCCAGGGCCCUUGUAAAUGGACUGGGAAACCCCACUGCAGCCCCCUGAUACACCCCUGAUAGGAAACUCCCUUUGCUACAUCACAAAAACGUUGUAUUGGAUGAAACAGCUGAAGGAAAAAGACAUAAAAAAAUGUGUUGUGUCUGGGACAUUUUCAUUGUCUUUUAGAUCAGAUGCAAACUUUAGAGCAUAUUGGCCCUGGAUGAGAGCUACUUAAAGGACCAUGCUGGAAGCUUUGUAUCUUUUAAGUCAUUAUAAGUCAUGUAUUCUUUACUGUUGACCAUCUUCCAAAACAUACGCAACUUUAAAGACACUGGUUUCAGUUCUUUUCAGCAAGUUUAUUUUCUUAGCGUGCUCAAAUGAACUGAAAAAACACUGGCUAUUGGAUGGGAUGCUUUGAAAAAUGGUAAAUUUUUUUAGGUAAUGGGCUAAAAUGUGCACCACCAGUGAAUGGUCCCUUAAGAUGUUUGUGCCUUGUACAUAAAGGUAUUCUGUGGAUUUAGGCAUCCUUGGAUUUGCCAGGGACAGCUUUUUUUUUUUUUAGCUGCUAGAAAGCAGGCUGCUGAAUGUUAGUCAAAGAAUCUCAGCAUUUCAGCAUAGCAGUACAGAAGUGCAGCUUCUCUCUUCAUGUUUACACAAACACACACACACACACACACACACACACACACAGUAUACACUGUACAUGUUAAAAUAAUGAGUGAAAUAAUGAGAAUUAGAUUUAAAAAAAUAGACAUUUGUGAAGAACUCAGGUUAUUUUAAACACAUUACAGAAAUAAUCCUACGACCAUUUCGGGUUCCUAAUCAUUUAAAAUGGAUAUCCUGACAUUUUUGAGCAAAUUGGAUUGCAAUACUUUCUCUCUUAGAUAUUAUAUCUUUUGAUGUUUUCACAGAUCCACCAUAGAUUUUUAAAGACCAUCCAUCAAGUUGUGGGUCUCUUCUUACCAAACAUUAGCGACCCUCAUUGUUCUUCCUCAUGACACCAGUUAGAGAAAGAUUUUAAGCUUUGACCUUUGAGGCUAUAAUCCAAUAACAAGAAGUUGUCCCAAACAUUUAUCUCAUUCAGUGUGUAUCUGUACAACACAACAACUGUAACAUUUCUCUGUUUUUGAAGAUUGUACACAGUUCUCUCUGUAGCACUUUGACGUCAUGCAAUACUCUACUUACAAUCCAUUCACAAAAAUCAAGAGUUGCAGUGACUUUUCAGGACGUCACAUUCUAACAUCACAUCAAGUCUCCAUAAUAUCACAAUUAAAGACAAUGAUUUUAUUGCUUCUGAUUUUGACCAGGCUAAGCUCUACACUCUGUGCUAGACAUCCAAAGGCACAAAGUCCCAUAGUUGCUUUUAUACCCAAGUCCUGAUGUACAUGCACAAAACACACAGCAGGCAAAUACACACACACACACACACACACACACACACACACACACACACACACACACACACACAUACAAACACACGGUUUCAAAGAAAACAAACCUUUUUCUGUUUUUGAAGAUUGUCGGCACCUAUCUCUGUAGCACUUUGAAGUGAUGCAAUACUGUAUUUAUAAUUUAUGAUUGAUUUGCACAUCAUGGUGAUGUUAGACUGAUUAGACUUUACAUAAAGACAUUUUGUCCAUGUAGAGAUAGAGAGAGAGAGAGAGAGAGAGAGAGAGAAGAGAGUGAAAAACGCAAUACUUUGUACACAUCUGUGUGGUCUGUACAUGUCUGUCUGUCAGUCAGCCCGUCUGCCUCUCUGUGUUAGUCCAUCUGUCUAGAUUGUCUCUCUGUCUGGUCAAUGCUGUUUACCCAUCAUGGCAAUAUCAAUCCUCCACUUGGACAUUUAUAUAUAUAAAAAAAAAACAACUUUCCCUCAAUUUUAUUGUGGAAUGAAUGAUCUGUGCAUUUAUUUAUUACUGAAGAUCCACUGUUGAAUAAACAAUGUUCUUAAUGAA